AGGGAGACUGCGGAUUGGAUGUAGCCCUUUCGGGGCGCCCCCUUCUCCCCUGUUCCAAUUUCCCUUAAUCCCCCUUUUUAAUAUUCAUUCAUUCAUCUAAUCAUCCAUACAAAUUUCUUUUUUUUUUCUUUAGUCAAAACCAAGUUGUAUAAUCCAUACUCUCGCUAUGUUCCUCCGUUUCCGUUUCCAAUACCAAUUCCAAUUCUCUCUCUCUCUCUCUCAACUCAGUCUAUACCUGUUUGACACGGGCACACACAGACAACCCCAUUACUCUGUCUCUAUUAAAAUGAAAUUUUUAUAAAUUCAACAAUACCCUCUUUCUCUGUCUCUCUCCUCUUACACAGCAACAAAGAAAUUUCCUUGUCGGCUUGGACCAAACACCAUCUUAUCGUUUCUUCUUCUUCCUCCUUCCCUAUCCCUCUUUCAUCUUCUUCCUCAAACCCUACUUUCUCAUUCGUCUCUUUGCUGCUCUUCAAUUCACCAACUCACCUGCCUGCUUCUUGCUCCUCAGGUUGGCGAUUGGGGUUGAUUAAUUGCAUAUUGUAUAUAUCUCCCUGGUUUUACCAUGUCCUUUUCAGCAGCUUCAAAUCUUCCCUCAGGUGGACCAAAUUCAGGGUCCUCUUCCGAUGCUUUGUAUAGGGAAUUAUGGCAUGCCUGUGCAGGACCACUUGUUACCCUUCCUCGCCAAGAUGAGCGAGUAUACUACUUUCCACAGGGUCACAUGGAACAGCUGGAAGCAUCAAUGCAUCAAGGAUCAGAGCAACAGAUGCCUUCGUUCAACCUACCACCAAAAAUACUAUGCAAAGUUGUCAAUGUUGUUCUUCGGGCGGAACCCGACACAGAUGAAGUUUAUGCUCAGAUAACUCUAUUACCCGAAAGCAAUCAAAGUGAAGUAACAAGCCCAGAUCCUGUCCUUCCUGAGCCUACAAGAUGUAAUGUCCACUCAUUUUGCAAGACGCUCACUGCUUCUGACACUAGCACUCAUGGUGGCUUCUCUGUUCUUCGGAGGCAUGCAGAUGACUGCCUGCCACCUCUGGAUAUGUCUCAGCAGCCACCAUGGCAAGAAUUGGUUGCAACUGAUUUGCAUAGGAAUCAGUGGCAUUUUAGGCACAUUUUCCGAGGGCAACCAAGGCGUCAUUUGCUAACAACUGGCUGGAGCGUCUUUGUUAGUUCGAAAAAGCUAGUAGCUGGAGAUGCUUUUAUCUUUUUAAGAGGUGAAAAUGGAGAGCUUCGUGUUGGGGUGAGAAGGCUCAUGAGGCAGCUAAACAAUAUGCCAUCUUCUGUUAUAUCAAGUCACAGCAUGCAUCUCGGGGUUCUAGCUACUGCUUCUCAUGCUAUUUCAACUGGAACACUCUUUUCUGUUUUUUACAAGCCAAGAACAAGCAGGUCUACCUUUCUUGUAAGUCUAAACAAGUACCUUGAAGCUCAAAGCCAUAAACUCUCGGUUGGGAUGAGGUUCAAGAUGAGGUUUGAGGGCGAGGAAGUACCUGAAAGGAGUUUCAGCGGAACAAUUGUUGGUCUUGGAGAUAAUGCAUCACCUGGAUGGACUAAUUCUGAUUGGCGAUCUUUAAAGGUGCAAUGGGACGAGCCUUCAUCGAUAUUGCGUCCGGAUAAGGUAUCUGCAUGGGAAUUGGAGCCACUUGUUGCAUCUAAUUCUCUAAGCUCUCAGCCUACACAGAGGAACAAGCGUCCACGACCAACUGUUUUGCCUUCACCUUCGCCGGAUGCUGCUGUACUUGGUGGGUGGAAACCUACAGUCGAAUCUUCUGCUUUUUCAUAUACUGAGCCACAUCGGGGAAGGGACCUAUAUUCAUCACCGAAAUUCAGUAGUGCUGCUGCUUCAAAUUCACUUGGUUUUAAUGGGAAUGGUUCUCUUGGUGCUGUGUCCAGCAACUGUACCUACUGGUCCAAUACCAAUAGGGUGGAAAAUGUUAUGGACACCUCGGCAAAAAGGGAACCCAUCGAAAAGAAACAGAACAGUAGGAAUGGAUGCAGGCUCUUUGGGAUCCAGCUUCUAGGAAAUUCCAAUUUAGAGGAAGCUUCUCCAGUUUCGACACCCAAAAUGGCAGGUGAGGAUAGGCCGGUUCCACCUGUAGACGCUGAAUUUGACCAGCAUUCUGAACCAUCGAACAUUCAUCGAUCAGAUAUUCCUUCAGUAAGCUGUGAUGCUGAUAAAUCAUGUCUGGUUUCCCCUCUAGAGUCUCAAAACAGACAAAUUCGCAGCUGCACAAAGGUUCACAUGCAAGGAAUUGCUGUCGGGAGGGCUGUAGAUUUAACACGCUUCAAUCAAUAUGAUGAUCUACUUACGAAACUGGAGGAGAUGUUUGACAUAGAGGGUGAGCUUUGUGGCUCUGUAAAGAAAUGGCAAGUUGUUUACACCGAUGAUGAGGACGAUAUGAUGAUGGUUGGAGAUGAUCCUUGGAACGAGUUCUGCAGUAUGGUAAGGAAGAUAUUCAUCUACACAACAGAAGAAGUGAAGAGACUAUCACCCAAGAUAAAACUCCCGCUCGGUGGAGAGACUAAGCUUAACAAGCCAGAUUCCGAUACGGUUGCCAACCACACGGAGGACCAAUCGUCCAUCGUAGGAUCAGAUUGCUGAUCGAGACAUUUCCUAUGUCGUAUAGUCAUUGGUGUAGGAGAAAUAAAAUGUGGAAGGUUUGUGGGGGGAAACGAGAAAUCGGAAGAAAAAUGGUUUAUAUAGCGGUAAGAUUUUGUCGAUAGGUAAUGUUUGCAUGGGUUGGCUGCUUUCUUUUGACAGCCAAUGGAGGGGAAUCUGGAACAGGGUGUUGUUAUAUUUUCAGUUGGAAGUAUUGAAGAUUCCGAUUUACGAGGACGAAAAGCUAGCUGCUGCUGCUGCAUAUAUGGGGGUGGGGGAGGGGUUGGUGAAGGCUUUCUGAGCUCAUCAACGGAGUGAGGAAUGAAUAUGUUAAUUGUGGGUUGUUUGGACUUAGAAAUGAAAUGUGGGUUGGCAGAAAAUACUGUCCUGUGUUUUAAGAUGUUGAAAUGAAUAUUCCUAUGUAAUAAGGUUUGGUUCGAUUAAGUUUGGUUCGGUUAUUUUUCGGGGCUUUUCCCUGUCUCCUGACUAUAAAACCAUGCGAGUCAGCUUGGAUUUUUGUACAUAAGAAAUAUGAUGCUGUCUUUUUUCACCAUCUUGAUUGCAGGCGUCUCUUUUUGUAUGGGGGAGGAGGAACCUCAAAUGUAAAUGUAAUAUUUUAUUAUUAUGUAUUGACUUGAAUUUCCACAAA